AUGUUAGCCCCGAAGACUGAGGAGGAAAAUCAGCGGCAUUCGAUAUUCAAAACACGUUGCACCAUCAACAACAAAGUCUGUAACGUGAUUAUUGAUAGUGGAAGCUGCGAAAACAUUGUAUCCAAAGCUCUUGUUGCAGCACUUGCCUUGAAAACUGAGAAACACCCACGGCCGUAUAAAAUCGGUUGGAUUCGAAAAGGAUCCGAGCCCCGCGUGAAUAAUACUUGUCGAGUUCCUUUUUCUAUUGGGAAAGUUUAUAAGGAUGAAGCACUGUGCGACGUGGUGGAGAUGGAUGCGUGCCAUAUUUUACUUGGACGUCCUUGGCAGUUUGAUGUGGAUGCUCUUUACAAGGGACGAGAAAAUGUUUACUCAUUCCUGUGGCAGGGGCGCAAAAUAGUACUAGUUCCUACAGGGGACAAGGCACACGAAUCCAAUAGUGCAGGUAAAAAAGAUUUGCUCCUCACGGUCUCUGAAGCACAAUUCAUGACGGAUGCUAGGAAAGCAGGGGAGGUUUGGACUCUUGUAGUGAAAAGCAGUGAUGCAAUAGAGGCAACCGAUAUUCCACAGCAAGUACGUCAUCUCUUAUCUGAGUUUGGAGACAUUAUGCCACAGGAACUGCCCGAGGGGUUGCCACCUAUGAGAGAUGUUCAGCACCACAUCGACUUGGUCCCCGGGGCAAGCUUGCCGAAUUUACCUCAUUACCGCAUGAGCCCCAAUGAGCACCACAUUCUUCAAACCCAAGUGGAAGAACUUCUCUAG